AACAGCAAGUGCCUUGCGACGCACAACGGUUAUUCAGUAUCGGAUAAUGGGACAACACAAGCAGAAAAAUAUCGUGCAAUUUUUAUGCGAUGUCUGCCCUAUGCGGUAUUGAAAAUAGGUCCAACAUUGCUGAUUUAAUUUUUUUUCGUGUUACACAGUGUAGUUGUACCCGAUACGUUGUGUGUUCACAUAUCGUCACAAUCCAAUCAUUGUAUUGGUUAACGGAAAAUCAGUGAAUUUUGAACAAACAUCCAAUUCAAAGGUGUCCAUGAUUAAUAUCCAUGAUUUUCGGUUUGGCUGAGAAAACAAAAUGCUAUGUGAGAGAUAAACAUAAUUGGAUGACUAAAUGCAUUUUUUUUUCUAUAGAAAUCGUACUGACACACGGUGUGCUGAGUACGCAUGAAAGAGUGAAACGUAAAUAAACGGCCGACCCAAAGGAAACGUUGUGUAUUUUGGUUUGUAGAUAAGAUAAGGAAGUGUGGUUUCAUUUGUGUGUGCAUAUUCUAUGCCAUCACUUACACCGAUUGCUGUCUUUCGAAAUUAAAUGUGAGAGAAACAGUGAUUAUUAGUUACCUGGAGUGCAACCAUCGAACGAAAAUCCGUCCUAGUUUAGUAGAAUUGCUAAUUUUUUUCUUUGGACUAUCACAAACAAUCAAAAUUUCGAAAAGUGUUAAUGGUAAAAAUAUGAAGCAGUUACAAUUACCAGUGUUGCUUUUGAUUAGCUGUCAGCUUUUUUGGGUCGCAGCACAAUUGAAAAUCAAACAUGUGUGUGUAACUAGUGGAUUUGAGGAGCAGUGCAAUCGUUUGGCGCGAGAAACACAAGAAAUAAGAUGCGUUCGAGUUCAAGACAGCAUUGAAUGUGCCAAACACUUGCGGAAUGAUGCAUCCGGCUUUGGUAUAUUCAGCGCUGAAUCAACAUUGUUAUUGGCUGCAUUGAACUAUGACGGUCUCACCGUUCUCAAAGAGCUGAGACAUCGCGACCGGCUAAAUUACACAAGUGACUUUGAAUCAGUGGUGGUUGUAAAAGCAACGCAUAAAGGUGGAAUCGAAGGAUUGAAGGGCAAAAACUAUUGCCAUCCAGGACUUUAUUAUGAUCGAUCUGAACGAUGGAGCGAACGGUUUUUGAAACACUUCGAAAGAAGCGUCAUUGCUCCGGAUUGUAAUGAUCCCUUGAAAUCACCCGCUGAAAUCGAACUUGAAGCUCUGGCCAAGCAUUUUGGAUCCGGUUGUCGACCGGGUGCUUGGUCAAAUAAUCCGGAAGAAGAUCAGAGAUUGAAGGCAAAAUACCCACAAUUCUGUGAUUUGUGCACAUCAACCGCUAGCCCUUGUGAGUAUACAGACAAAAAUCGGCAUAUUGAGGCUCUGCGCUGCUUGCUCAACAAAGGAGAAGUUGCUUACGUUUCACUGCAGGAUGCUCAAGACUUCUUCUCACCGCUAUCUGAGUAUUCCCACCUAAAGACUGAGUAUGCUUAUCUGUGCCCAGAUGAUACUCUUCAAUUGAUUAGCGACAAUUCCAAACCACCUUGUGCAUGGCUACGUCAACCAUGGCCUGUUAUCAUUUCUAAUGCCGGUGACAGCAUUCCACUAAAGGAAGGAAUUAAUCGGUGGAUCUAUGGUUUGAAUGGAUGGGAAAGUGCUAUUAAAGACAUCAUAACCGCUGACAAUUUGACUCCGGUCAUAACAACCAUCCAAAGGCCACGUGAUAUCUUCUUCCCUUAUCGUGAAGUGCCUUACAGUCUACCAUUAUGCUCAACCACAGCCAAUUGGUGCACAAAGUCGAUCGAAGAGAAGGAAAAGUGUGAUGUGCUUCAUACGGCUGGUGUCACAACAGGUAUUUUCCCAUUGAUUGAAUGUAACGAGCCGGUUGCUGGAGGAGCUAUCUCUUGCCUAGAAGAAGUGAAUGAAGGACGCGCUGAUUUCACUGGAAUCGAUUCGAGUCUUGGAUACAUUGCAAGACAUCCAUACAAUUUAACGACAGCUUUAUAUGGAGAAAGCGAUAAACAGGCGUCGGCUGUGGUUGUCGUUCAUACCAAUUCUAAUUUUAAACAAUUUGAAGAUUUGCGAAAAGCCAAAGCAUGUAUUGCUGAAUUUGAUGGCAUUGCAUCGGUAUCAUUCUUAAACAUCGCCAAAAAUCUGGGAUUAUUCAAGAAGGAUCAAUGCAAUCACAUCAAGAUGCUCAGUAAUUUCUUCGGUUCAUCAUGUGUGCCUGGUGCAAUGGAUCCAGCCCAUGGAGUUGGACAAACUAAGGUUAAUUUGUGCUCGCUUUGCCCAGAUGCUGGCUCAGGUGCCACUUCUGCAGUUCGCCCUUCCACAGAAACUCAAACGACACCGAACUUCAUUCCUCUAGAUCAAGGGGUUGAUUCAACCACAAGUAGCCUUCAAAAUGAACUCGCCGUUUUGAAUGAUGACACCAAAUUGAACUGCAAUGCUGACCGCACAAAUAGCUUCUAUGGAGAUCAAGGUGCCCUAUUUUGCUUGCACACCAAAGGAGAUGUGGCCAUUCUGGGGCUGAAGGAUUUGAAAGACCAUGCCAGAGCUCUCGCCAUCAAUCCAAAUGACUAUCAAAUCAUCUGCCGAAAUGGAUCACUUGCCGAGCGUACUGGCUUCGACGUGGACACGGAUUGUGCUCUUCAAUCAUUCGUAGACAGCGAAAUUGUCGUAAAACCAAAAAAUCCAAAAACCGAGGGUAUCAUCAACGCAUUGUUGUCAUAUGAUAAAUACCUAAAAGUUGAUCCAGAUUUCAAAAUUUACAACACUUUUGAUGGCCACAAGGAUUUGUUAUUCAAUAACGGUACGGUUGAAUUGGUGUCGUAUGAUGAAAAGGAUUUGGGAGCAACCAUAGACAGUUACAAAAAUCUAUUCAAUAUGCUUGAUGCAUGUGGCAAUGCAUUCAAAUCCAUUCCAACUGGGCAUGUCAUUCUGGCGACGGUGUUUUUCACUGUUCUCAUCAGUCGAUUGCUGCAAUAAGCCAUUUUCGCAUUAAAUUAAAAUACAACAAGAAAUAAUGUUUAUGUUUUAAAAAUCGUGUUCUAUUUUAUUUUUUCAUUCAAAAAUAAUUUUCUUUUCAUAUGUUUCAACAAUUGAUCAAUAAUAUCAACAUGAAUGUA